AGGGCACCUUUCCUCUUGUUUGGUGCGGGGGGAACGCAAGGCGGGGUCAGGAAGCUGGCGCAUGAAAAUCCGAUUCCAUAUCAGAAAUGGUUUCUCGAGGAAAACACUCGAGCCCUUUUAAACCCAAUUCACCAUCCUUUAGUUACAGAGUAUUUUCUUCGAUUAAAUCAAAAGCGUCUGGAACUCGAAAGUUUACAGGAGCAGGGCAAGACAGAUGCAUUACGUGCAUUGAAGAAUAAGCUUGAUGGAAAGCCCUUUGAUCAUGUUAUGUGGAACAUUCAAUACAGAGAGGAACUUGACAUUUCCGAGGCGAUUUCUGUUUAUUUGCUAAAAUUGAAUGAGAACGUAAAAUUGCGAGAUCAAAUUCUUUCAGGGAAGAAUUCAACUGGAGAAGACCAGGACCUUCUAUUGAUGCUGGAAGAAGAUAUUGAAUCUCUCUUGGGUCAGGUACGGGAUCUGGAUGCUCAAGUAAAUAGUCUGAUGGCACGUCGACUUGAAUCUAGUGACGCGCUGGGAUCAUCAAGUCGUGCAUGGAUAGUGGAGGUGACUGGGAAGGCGGGAGGUGAAGAGGCCUCUUUGUUUGCUGCAGAGCUGGCUGGGAUGUACCAGGCCUAUGCUGCUGACAUCAGAAAUUGGCGUAUCGAGGCAGCCGAGGAUGGGGCAGGGGCAGGAGGGUGUGGAGGAGGAGGAUUGGCGGGAGCAGGUGGCGGCGGUGAUGCCGCGGCGUUCACGGCUCCAGUACAGGCAAGUACGGGGGUUAAAUUUCAAGCGACGGGUGACGGCGUGUAUCGCAACCUCCGCCAUGAAAUUGGCGUUCAUAAGGUGCAGCGGGUUCCCGUUACCGAGCAAGGUGGCAAGAUGCAAACUUCUACAGCUGUGGUGACACUUAUGCCUGUACUCGACCCUGUCUCUGUGGACGUUCAUGAAAGCGACUGCAAGAUUGAGUUUGUGCGAGGUUCUGGUCCUGGUGGCCAGGGGAUGCAGAGCAGUUCCAACGCCGUUUGUCUCACGCAUCUCCCCUCUGGCAUUUCUGUAAAAUGCCAUCAGUCCCGAUCUGCCCUGGGAAACAAGGAACUUGCUUUACAGGCGGUUGCCCAACAGUUGUUGGCACGGCGUGUCAAGGACCAAAACUCGUCUCUUCACGAGGCCUGGAGAAGGCAAUGGAGCAGUGGCGAAAGAUCGGAUAAGAUGCGCACGUACAACUAUCCCCAGAACCGCGUGACGGACCACCGACUUGGCAAGGACUUCCCCUUAAGUGCAUUUAUGGAGGGUGGUAAAGGACUAGCGACUCUGCACGAUGAUUUAAAUGCAGCAGAGGACAGACAACAGUUGGUUGCCGUCUUGCUGCGACACAUAGAAGGUGAGUUUGGGAGUGUGGUAUGA